AUGAACUUCAAUUGUAAAACCCUCCUUCUCGCGCUUCUCCUACCGAUCGUGUUCUCCACCAUAGCCAUAAAAACCCGCUCCAAGCGCCAGCUGCAAACCGUCUACAUCUGCGGUGGAGGCCAAAAUCAGUACAUCUCCAACUAUCCAUGCCAAAAUUGGGGCUGUUUGACCGGGAAUGGCGGUUGUGCCAGUGGAUGUUUCACUGGAAACUGCCGAUAUACACCUAAUACGGUUGUGGGAAACAGCUAUUAUGACCCGUACAACAACAACAACAACAUCAACAACAACAACUGCAACACGGGCUGCGCGUCGGUGAACUGCAAUAAUUACUAUGGGCAGUACGUGAAUGGACGCUACAUUGCCUAUAGCCCGGUGAAUAACGCCUAUUCGGCAUGCGCCAGCUCGUGCUGCAAUCGACAGCAAUAUUUGCCGCUCAAUAAUUAUAACACCCCGAUUGGACAAGGCGUUUCCCCAAACAACAAUUGGCCCGUCAUUGGCCAAGGAGCAGUACCUACCAACUACCACAGCUGCAUUAACGGCCAAUGCCCUACCGGUUAUCAAUGCCGUGAUGGCCAAUGUGUCAACCUCUACAACGCCCCACUGCUCCAUUGCCGCACCGGCGACAUCUGCGAUACAGGCUUCAAAUGUGGCCCUGGAAAUCUAUGUUACCCGUCUCUC